AUGCAGCUCAAGCACCUCCUCUUCACUGCCGCCACCGUCGCCGCUCUCCCGGCCACUGACGCCUCCUCCAGCGAGACCUUCGGUGUCAUCGCCAUCGCCUCCGGCACUGGUGUGCAGAACUCUGGAUUCAGCGCUGCGAAGAGCAGCCUUUUUGCUGGCCUCCCGAGCCAGAAUGCCAGCUGUGACCGCCCCAACGAGAACUUCGCCACCUUCUACAUCAACGACGGUUCUCUCUACCUGUAUGACGCGUCUGCGACUCCUCAGGAGUUCUUCGUUGAUGCCUCUGGCAUGGGCCAAGGCGUGAUCCAGUACACCACCGGUGCUCAGCCUGCCUCCGGAGCCCGUGGCGGCUGGGCUAUUGACAGCAACAACCACCUGCAGUAUGAUGGAAAGGACCUGAUUGCCUGCCCCAACAGCAUUGAUGGCGCUUGGAGUAUUUGGGCUAAUGCCGGUGUUGACAACCCUGGUGGAAACAAGAACUGUGUCGGUAUUGCUGCCCGGGUUGAGAAGACCUCCAACCCCAACGGUUGCGUCUACACUCAGUAG